CGAAGAGCCAUGCCUGCGGCGGUGGGCUCCCUGACGGCCGCCGUCUGGGCAGUGCUCCAUCUCCGCACCCUUCUGCUGGGUGCCGUCGCCUUUCUGUUCUUUGCUGAUUUCCUCAAAAGACGGCGCCCAAAGAACUACCCGCCAGGUCCCCUACCCCUGCCCUUCGUGGGCAACUUCUUCCAUCUGGACUUUGAGCAGUCGCACCUGACGAUUCAGAGGGUAGGAGCGGGCGAAGGAUUGAUCAUGUCCAGUGGCCAAACAUGGAAGGAGCAAAGAAGGUUCACCCUGGCGACCCUAAGGAAUUUUGGUCUAGGAAGGAAGAGCUUAGAGGAACGCGUUCAGGAGGAAGCCCAUCACCUCAUCCAGGCGGUAGAAGAAGAGAAUGGACAGCCUUUCAACCCUCGCUUCAAGAUGAACAAUGCAGUUUCCAAUAUUAUUUGCUCUAUCACCUUUGGGAAGCGCUUUGAGUACGAGGAUGAACAGUUUCAGGAAUUGCUGAGGUGGCUGGAUGACGUCACGUGUCUGGAGGCAUCAGUGAGAUGCCAGCUCUACAACAUCUGUCCAUGGAUUAUGAAAUUUCUUCCUGGACCUCAUCAAACACUCUUUAGCAACUGGGAGAAACUGAAAUUGUUCAUUGCUCAUAUGACUGAAAACCACAGGAGAGACUGGAAUCCUGCUGAACCAAGAGAUUUUAUUGACGCUUACCUCAGGGAAAUGGAAAAGAAUAGGGGCAAUGCUACUUCAAGUUUCCAUGAAGAAAACCUCAUCUAUAGCACCCUGGACCUCUUCUUUGCUGGAACCGAGACAACUUCAACGACACUGCACUGGGGUCUGCUUUACUUGGCCCUCAACCCAGAAAUCCAAGAAAAAGUCCACGCUGAGAUCGACAGGGUGAUUGGCCAGUCACAGCUGCCAAGUAUAGCCGCUCGAGAGUCCGUGCCCUAUACCAAAGCCGUCAUUCAUGAGGUGCAGAGAAUGGGAAACAUCAUCCCCCCGAAUGUGCCCAGGGAAGUGACAGGUGAUACCACGUUUGCUGGAUACUACCUGCCUAAGGGGACCAUGAUCCUGACCAAUCUGACUGCACUGCACAGGGACCCUGCAGAAUGGGCCACCCCUGACACGUUCAAUCCGGAGCAUUUUCUGGAGAAUGGACAGUUUAAGGAAAAGGAAACCUUUCUGCCUUUCUCAGUAGGAAAGCGGGUAUGCCUUGGAGAACAGUUGGCCAAGUCUGAGCUGUUUAUUUUCUUCACUUCCCUUGUGCAAAAAUUUACCUUCAGGACCCCCAACAAUGAAAAGCUGAGCCUGAAGUUCAGAACAGGCCUCACCAUCUCCCCAGUCAAUCACCAACUCUGUGCAGUCCCUCAGUCCUGAAGUUGUCGGGAGGGAGAGGAGAAAGGAACGCAAGAAGUGCCAUGUCCUCUGAAGACACUGGUGCCUGCUCAGAAAGGAGGUGAUGGAAUGGAAAGUGACUCUGAGGGACGAUCAUAGGAACUGAACUCAGGAAGCAUGAUCCAAAUCCCAGCCUUGCUAGCAGAUCUUUUAUGUUGUGAAUGAUUUACCUUUUCAUCCAAGAGAUGAAAAGCAGAUAAUGAUUCCUCCUCUGAAGAAAGAGCUGCUGUGAGAAUCAGAGGGAAUAAUGGACUUUGAGUGGUUUGGGAAACCAUACAGCUUAUCAUAAAAAUUU